AUGAAUGGCGCGGCAGAUGGAGGACAUUUCAGCGUUGUGAUAUGGCUACAUCGGCAUCGAGAGCUGAAGGCUGUACAGCUGACGCAAUGGACCAUGCAGCAUCAAGGAAGAGGUGACCUGACGACGAUGGUGGAAUCUAUUUUUGCAUGUCAACCCAAGGCUGCACGCGCGAAGAAUGGGCAUUUGUCGGUGGAACAUUUCUUGCGUACUCACACAACUCAAGGAUGUACCGAUCGUGCUGGGUCGAUGUGUCGACAUCUGAAAGUGCUCCACGCGACGCAAAGGCUGGUGGUAUCGACGUGGACUCUCAUUCAUGUGACCAAAAUCGACGGGGACUUGACUGUCGGGCAGUGGUUCUUACAACCUGGUGUUUUAGCCCAACACGUGCAGCUUGGCCACGUCAUAGCCGAGGCUGGUCGGUUUACGGAGGUGCACUUCUUGCUCAAGACCAGUGGAAAGCACACCAGUGGAAAACACACCAGUGGAAAACACACCAGUGGAAUGCACAGCAGCUGGGGGCAACUUGGCACUCCUUAG